GCCUCUCUAUGGUCGGGCGGGCUGAGUGUUGUCAUCUGCAGAGCGACCGCCGGAGGAGGCGGCGGCGUAGGCCCCGGCGGGGCGUUUGGUUUCGGUUUGGCCCUGACUGGAAUUGGUGUUGACGGUCGAAAUGGGAGUCCCCAAGUUUUACCGAUGGAUCUCAGAGCGGUAUCCCUGCCUCAGCGAAGUGGUGAAAGAGCAUCAGAUUCCUGAAUUUGACAACUUGUACCUAGAUAUGAAUGGAAUUAUACAUCAGUGUUCCCAUCCUAAUGAUGAUGAUGUUCACUUCAGAAUUUCAGAUGAUAAAAUCUUUACUGAUAUUUUUCACUACUUGGAGGUGUUGUUUCGCAUUAUUAAACCUAGGAAAGUGUUCUUUAUGGCUGUUGAUGGUGUGGCUCCUCGAGCAAAAAUGAACCAGCAGCGUGGGAGGCGUUUUAGGUCCGCAAAGGAGGCAGAAGACAAAAUUAAAAAGGCAGUAGAGAAGGGAGAAACUCUUCCUACAGAGGCCAGAUUUGAUUCCAACUGUAUUACGCCAGGGACUGAAUUCAUGGCCAGGUUACAUGAACAUCUGAAGUAUUUUGUAAAUAUGAAAAUUUCCACAGACAAGUCAUGGCAAGGAGUUACCAUCUACUUCUCAGGCCAUGAGACUCCUGGAGAAGGAGAGCAUAAAAUCAUGGAAUUUAUCAGAUCUGAGAAAGCAAAGCCAGAUCAUGAUCCAAACACCAGACACUGUCUUUAUGGUUUAGAUGCUGAUUUGAUUAUGCUUGGAUUAACAACUCACGAGGCACAUUUUUCUCUCUUAAGAGAAGAAGUUCGAUUUGGUGGCAAAAAAGCACAAAGGGUGUGUGCACCAGAAGAAACCACAUUUCACCUCCUACACUUGUCUUUAAUGAGAGAGUAUAUUGACUAUGAGUUUUCAGUACUAAAAGAAAAGAUCACAUUUAAAUAUGAUAUUGAAAGGAUAAUAGAUGAUUGGAUUUUGAUGGGAUUUCUUGUUGGCAAUGAUUUCAUCCCUCAUCUACCUCAUUUGCAUAUUAAUCAUGAUGCACUGCCUCUUCUUUAUGGAACAUAUAUUACCAUGCUACCAGAACUUGGGGGUUAUAUUAAUGAAAGUGGGCAUCUCAACUUACCUCGAUUUGAGAAAUACCUUGUGAAACUAUCAGAUUUUGAUCGGGAACACUUCAGUGAAGUUUUCGUGGACCUAAAGUGGUUUGAAAGCAAAGUUGGUAACAAGUACCUCAAUGAAGCAGCAGGUGUCGCAGCAGAAGAAGCCAAGAAUUACAAGGAAAAGAAAAAAUCAAAGAGCCAAGAAAAUUCUAUAUGUUGGGCUGCUUUAGACAAAAAUGAAAGUGAAGUGGUGACUUCUAAGGAUAAUUUAGAAGAUGAGACUGAAGAUGAUGACCUAUUCGAAACUGAAUUUAGGCAAUAUAAAAGGACAUAUUACAUGACGAAGAUGGGGGUUGAUGUAGUAUCUGAUGACUUUCUCGCUGAUCAAGCUUCAUGUUAUGUACAGGCAAUACAGUGGAUUUUGCACUAUUACUAUCAUGGAGUUCAGUCCUGGAGCUGGUAUUAUCCUUAUCAUUAUGCACCAUUCCUGUCCGAUAUCCGCAACAUCAGUACACUCAAAAUACAUUUUGAACUAGGAAAACCUUUUAAGCCCUUUGAACAGCUUCUUGCUGUACUUCCAGCAGCUAGCAAAAAUUUGCUUCCUAUAUGCUACCAGCAUUUGAUGACCAGUGAAGACUCUCCAAUUAUAGAAUAUUAUCCACCUGAUUUUAAAACUGACCUAAAUGGGAAACAACAGGAAUGGGAAGCUGUGGUAUUAAUACCUUUUAUUGAUGAGAAACGAUUGUUGGAAGCCAUGGAGUCAUGUAACCACUCCCUCAAAAAGGAAGAAAGGAAAAGAAACCAACAUAGUGAAUGCCUAAUGUGCUGGUAUGACAGAGACACAGAGUUCACCUAUCCUUCUCCAUGGCCAGAAAAGUUCCCUGCCAUAGAACAAUGUUGUACAAGGUAUAAAAUAAUAUCAUUAGAUGCUUGGCGUGUAGACAUAAACAAGAACAAAAUAACCAAAGUUGACCAGAAGGCAUUAUAUUUCUGUGGAUUUCCUACUCUGAAACACAUCAAACACAAAUUUUUUUUGAAGAAAAGCGGCGUUCAAGUAUUCCAACAAAGCAGUCGUGGAGAAAACAUGAUGUUGGAAAUCUUAGUGAAUGUACAAUCAGAUGAACUUAGUAUAGAAAAUGUAGCUUCAUCAGUGCUUGGAAAAUCUGUCUUUGUUAAUUGGCCUCACCUUGAAGAAGCUAGAGUUGUGGCUGUAUCAGAUGGAGAAACAAAGUUUUACUUGGAAGAACCUCCAGGAACACAGAAGCUUUAUUGGGGAAAAACUGCUCCACCAUCUAAAGUGGUCCAUCUUGGAGAUAAAGAACAAUCUAACUGGACAAAAGAAGUACAAGGAAUUUCAGAACACUACCUGAGAAGAAAAGGAAUAAUAAUAAAUGAAACAUCUGCAGUUGUGUAUGCUCAGUUACUCACAGGGCGUAAAUAUCAAAUAAAUCAAAAUGGUGAAGUUCGUCUAGAGAAACAGUGGUCAAAACAAGUUGUUCCUUUUGUUUAUCAAACUAUUGUCAGAGACAUCCGAGCUUUCGAUUCCCGUUUCUCCAAUAUCAAAACAUUGGAUGAUUUGUUUCCUCGAAGAAGUAUGGUCUUUAUGCUGGGAACCCCCUAUUAUGGCUGCACUGGAGAAGUUCAGGAUUCAGGCGACGUGAUUACAGAAGGUAGGAUUCGUGUAGUUUUCAGCAUUCCAUGUGAACCCAAUCUUGAUGCUUUAAUACAGAACCAGCAUAAAUAUUCUAUAAAAUACAACCCAGGAUAUGUGUUGGCCAGUCGCCUUGGAGUGAGUGGAUACCUUGUUUCAAGGUUUACAGGAAGUAUUUUUAUUGGAAGAGGAUCUAGGAGAAACCCUCAUGGAGACCAUAAAGCAAAUGUGGGUUUAAAUCUCAAAUUCAACAAAAAAAAUGAGGAGGUACCUGGAUAUACCAAAAAAGUUGGAAGUGAAUGGAUGUAUUCAUCUGCAGCAGAACAACUUCUUGCAGAGUACUUAGAGAGAGCCCCAGAACUAUUCAGUUAUAUAGCCAAAAAUAGCCAAGAGGAUGUUUUCUAUGAAGAUGACAUCUGGCCUGGAGAAAAUGAGAAUGGUGCUGAGAAAGUGCAAGAAAUUAUUACUUGGCUAAAAGGACAUCCUGUCAGUACUUUGUCUCGUUCUUCUUGUGAUUUACAAAUUCUGGAUGCAGCUAUUGUUGAGAAAAUUGAGGAAGAAGUUGAAAAGUGCAAGCAAAGAAAGAGUAAUAAGAAAGUACGAGUGACUGUGAAGCCCCAUUUGCUGUACAGACCUUUAGAACAGCAACAUGGAGUCAUUCCUGACCGGGACGCAGAAUUUCGUCUCUUUGAUCGUGUUGUAAAUGUGAGAGAGAACUUCUCAGUUCCAGUUGGCCUUCGGGGCACCAUCAUAGGAAUUAAAGGGGCUAAUAGAGAAGCUGAUGUACUAUUUGAAGUAUUAUUUGAUGAAGAAUUUCCCGGAGGCUUAACAAUAAGAUGCUCACCUGGAAGAGGUUAUCGACUGCCAACAAGUGCGUUGGUGAACCUUUCUCACGGGAGUCGCUCUGAAACUGGAAAUCAGAAGUUGACAGCCAUUGUGAAACCACAACCAGCUGUGAAUCACUAUAGCUCAAAUUCACCAAUUGCAUCUGGACAUUUGGGAUGCCUAAACCAUUCCCCACAAUCACUUUUUGUUCCUACUCAAGUACCUACUAAAGACGAUGAUGAAUUUUCCAACAUUUGGCAGUCCUUACAGGGUUCCACUAAGGUUCAACACCUUCAGCCAACUAUACAAGAGAAGGGUGCAGUUCUACCUCAAGAAAUAAGACAAGUAAAUCAACAUCAUAAAUCUGGCUUUAAUGACAACAGCAUUAAAUAUCAGCAAAGAAAACAUGACCCUCACAGAAAAUUUAAAGAAGAAUGUAAGAAUCCUAAAGCUGAAUGUCAGUCACAAAAAAUGUCCAAUAAGCAGACUUUUGGAGGGCCUGCCAAAUGUAAUAUUAAGCUAUUGAAGAGAAAUGAAAGUCCAGAAGUCUCAGAAACCCAAAAGGUUGUGACUGGUUAUCCAAAUGCUAUUGAUAAGACUAACUCUGGAAUUGAGAACUUUUUAGCAUCCUUGAAUAUCUCCAAAGAAAAUGAAGUACAGUCAUCUCAUCAUGGAGAGCCUCCAAGUGAAGAGCAUUUAUCACCACAGUCAUUUGCUAUGAAGGGAACGAGGAUGCUUAAGGAAAUUCUAAAAAUUGAUGGCUCUGACACAGUGGACCGCAAAAGGGAAAUGAAACAAUUUGGUAAUGAAGUCACUGUUUCUUCUAAUAGAAGAGAUGAGUAUGGAUCGUCCUCACAGCCUAAACAAAAUAAGAAAUUAGCGUAUUAUGUGAACCACCCUCACAGUGCUAAUGAGUACCAUAAUGUUCAGUCUAUGGACAGUGUGUGUUGGCCUGCUCCCAGCCAGAUCCCCCCUGUGUCUACACCAGUAACUGAACUUUCUCGAAUUUGUUCUCUUAUUGGAAUGCCACAACCAGAUUUCUCCUUUCUUAGGACACCACAGACAAUGACUGUUUGCCAGGUAAAGUUAUCUAAUGGUUUACUGGUACAUGGGCCACAGUGCCACUCUGAAAAUGAAGCCAAGGAGAAAGCUGCACUUUUUGCUUUACAACAGUUGGGCUCCUUAGGAGUGAAUUUCCCUUUGCCUCCACCAAUGUUUCCAAAUUAUCCUUCUGCCAUACCACCCAGAAGCAUUCCUCCAGUUUUUUCCCAACCUACUGGCUGGGAUCACUAUGGAAGCAACUUAGCAUUGGGGGCAGCAAAUAUAAUGCCUUCAUCAUCUCAUCUCUUUGGCUCAAUGCCAUGGGGACCACCAGUGCCAGUUCCUGGGAAGCCCUUCCAUCAUACUUUAUAUUCUGGGACCAUGCCCAUGGCUGGGGGAAUGCCAGGUGGUAUACACAAUCAGUUCAUACCUCUGCAGGUUACUAAAAAGAGGGUUGCAAACAAAAAGAACUUGGAGAAUAAGGAGGCCCAGAGUUGUUCUCAAGCUACCCCACUUCAAACUAGCCAGCCAGAUUCUUCUGAUAUCACCAAAGUAAUUCCACAGGACAAUUCAUCAGCUUCCUUAAAGUCCUCUCAGAUUGCCCAACCUGCAUCUUCUUUUCAAGCUGAAACUGCUUCUCAAGGCCAUAGUAGGUCGCACCAUAAGUCAACACCAGGCUCUUCUUCAAGAAGAAAAUCAAGAAAACUGGCUGUCAAUUUUGGCAUUUCUAAACCUUCUGAAUAAAUUUAGUACUUGGAGUUUUAAUUUAACCUUUUCUUUCCAUCUACCUUUUUAUAAAUCCAUACUUGUGUCUUAUAAAAAAUUAGAAUGUACUAUUUUUAAAUAAUAUGUUUAAAUUGAAAAUUUUUCAUUUUUAAGUUGCCAGGCACUUUUCAUGCUGUUUAGAAGACUAUAUCAAAUUGUGCACUUUAAAUAUGUGCAGUUUGUUAUGUGUCAAUUAUACCUCAAUAAAUCUGUUUAAAAAGAGACAAAUUGAACCUUGUGUUAAAAUAGAAUCAGUGGACAAAACAUUAAAAUGUACCACUCUAAUCAUUGGCCUCAUCAGUAGAAGCAUCCUAAACUAUGAAUUAGACAUCAUAUUAGCAAUAAUAAUAAACAUCUUUACAGUAUCAUUGAGGAAUAAUUAAAUGGAGCAUGAAAAUUGGCCCUCAAGUAUAAUUUACCGAAUGUGGAUUUUAUUUCUCUUUUUAAUGACAUAAGAAAAUUGUCAGGAGAAUGUCUCUUAUAUGUAUUUUAUUAAUAACUUAUGCUUUGUUGUGUAUGAGGGUCCUUUAGACCUGCUGUGAAACGAUCACACUUGUGGUGGUGCUGCCAGUUUUGCUUUAUUCUAAAUUUUGUACCAAAGCAACUUUAGAAUACUGAUCAGACUAUUUCAUCUAAAUGCUUAGAACUAUAAAUAGCAUUCUAGAUUUGAGUAAGUAAUUAUAAUUUUUUAGAUUAUUCAGAACCAGCAUUAGUAAUUUGUAAUAAAACUAAAUUUCAAAAUCGACAGGGUACAAUGAUUACACAUUAAUCUUCUAAUAGAAUAAAGUGCAAAAUAUUAAUCAUGUUAAUUAAAAUAAAUUGUGUUAUUCUUUUGUAUAGCCUUCUAUUUGCUUACUUGACCUUUUAUGAGAGCUCCGCUGUUGGUCCAUGUGUAGUGCUUCCUGGGACUAAAGAAAUUCUAAAUGUUUUUUAACUUCCCAGGUGUGCUAUAAUACAGGUACAAUCAUCAGUUUGUGAUGUACAUUAUUUACUGCCUGUUUCAUUCUAGUUCUGUAUUUUUAGCCUUAUGCCGAACUGUUCAGUGAUGCUGGGAUUUUUUGUUUGCAUGUCAUGUGUUGGAUGUGUGCUGUUCAAGCUGUAACUAUUGAAAUUAUUUUAGAAUUUAUGAACAUUUCUCAGCAGUACCAGAGCCUAUGUUUUUAUAUAUAUAUUUAUCCUUUAGUUUUUGUGAUAUGCAUAUAUUUUUAAGGAAGUAAGUUAUACUUUUGAAAAAGUAGGAACCACAGUCUUUAUAUGGAGUUGCUUAUUAUCAUAUCUAAUCUCAUUUAGGUCAUUGAAAACUCCGCCAUGAGUCUUAAAGUACUCUAUUUGUUUUUAAAAAUGCUGGUAUUGAAUGAAAUGGAUUCCUUUCUCUAACUGCUGAUUUUAAAGUUUCUCUAAAUGUUAUUAAUAGCAGAAUAUGUGUAUAUUAGUAGUGCCUUUAGUAAAAGAGAUAAAUGCUCAUUAUCUGUCAUUUAUUGUAGUCUAUAGUGCUGUGAGUUUCCAUGAUUUUAUUUUGUAUUAAUUUCUUAGGUUCAGAUGUUCAUCAGUUCCCAACAUUUCCUUGUUUUUUUAAUCUGUAGUGAAAUCUUGAGUAAUGAAAUUCAAGUAAUUCCCAGUGUUUAUCUUUAUUGCCUCAUAAUCUCUCUAUUUGUUUUUAAAGGAGACAUCUAUCAUGGUAUUACAAAGAAAAGUUAAAUUGUGACAGUAAUGUUACAUUAACCUCUUAUUACUUUAAAGUGUGUAAUGUUUCACCUUGCUUAACAAAGUCCAGCAUUCAGGAAUUGUCUCAGUCAUCACUCCUGUGUGACAGUUCUAUAAACAGCAUACAGCCUACAUGUGUUUCAGAGCACAGAGGAAGGAGCAGAUGCCAUCUUCUGAAAACUCUAAAGGGAAAUUUUAGUAAACAUAGUACCACUGAACCUGUAAGGAUACGUCCCCAAUAUUUGAGCACAGCAAGCUGAUACUACUAUAUGGAUAGGCAGUAAAAGUGUUUUCUUUUCCUUCCUUUUCUUUCUUUAACAUAUUAUUCUAAAGGUCGAGAUUAAAGAGAGAUUAAAAUAAGAGAGAGCUCCAUAAUGACUGAAUAGUGGUCAGGCAUUCUUCUAUAUUCUUUUCCCCUUGUAGACCUAUUCCAAAUAUGAGCCUGAGGUCCACGGGAAAUGUGCCCUCCUGGUGGAGGAUGUAAGAGGCAGAGGCCAUUUUUUCCUCAUGAUGAUCUUGAGGAGACUGGAUCCAUUGGUAGUCAUGCCAGGUAGAGUCUGGUGCGUAUCUGAAAAGCAGUUGGACUUUGGGAAACUUACAGUUUUUCCUCUUGGAUAGGGCAGACUGAGACCACUAUCAGUGUUUAAAAAUAUGCUCAUUCAACUGUUGAAUCUGCUGAGGGCUUUUUGUGAAAAUGGUGAACUCCAUAGGGCACAGAAGAACAGAUUCCCCAAAUUGUUUCAUAUUUCCACAUAUCUAGGGCACUUCCUCUCCUCACUGAAACAUUAUUUCUAAAUAUUUUUGUUCGGUAAGUCUUUUCUUUUUUUGAGCAAAGUGAAUUUUGAAGAUUGAUCCUUCUAGUCUCAUUGUUUCUUUCCACAAUUUCCCACAUUACCUAGUAAUUACCUCAGUUUUAUAAUUUGACAGAAUGUGUUAAUUGAUUUAAACAUCAUGUAGACUAAAGUCUUAAAUAUCUAAGACUCAGUUGCAUGAAAAAUUAUAUUGAACCUUGGUUUCAAUUUAAGAUUUUCCUUGCUUUUCAAAGGGAUAAGAAGUGAAGAUUGGAGAUUUUUUUUUUUUGCCUAUUGGUGAGAGGGAUGAAGAACUAUUGAUGCAAGUUUUUUAUUGUUUACUUUCUUUUCUGUAGUCAGGUAUUUGCUUUGGUUUUAGACUUAUACUUCCAAACUAACAUAGAUUCUUGGUUUUCAGGAAAAAAGGCAGAGAGAAGAAGGUAGUUGAAAGAAGGAAACCAGUUAAAUAAAAAAUCCAAUCACUGCAUUUUUAGACUGUAGUGUGUCUUUCUAGCUCAAGGAAUAGAUAAACUGUAGGGUCUUUUUUAUUCACUCACUUUUUAAUCAUCUGUUCUAUUACAAUUUUUCAUAGUGCUUUUCUGAUUUUCACCUUAUUAUAUGAGAUAGGUAGAACCAUUCAGAUCUUCAUUGAAGUUAGUUCUAACAUGCUUCUUCCCAUUAUUUAGAGAACCUUUUUUAAAUUUCCCAGCUCUUUGAGUUUGCUGUAUCUCUUAGUACUAUCUUGCUUCCAAAUUAUGUUUUUUCUAUAGAAAAUUAAUUUAUUGGAGAGAAGUGCUUGUGAAAAGCAUUCUCUGUCUUAAAAAAAAAGUCCAUCACAGAAGUUCACUUGUCAUUUUUCUAGAGAUAGUGAUAGUACUGAACCUGUUAGUAUUCUUUAUAUUUUGUAAGCUUUGUCAGUGAAGCCAUCUUUUUUGCAGGAGCCUCCCUAUCCUGGUCAGGAUAAAUCUUAAAAUUCCAGAAAUGAGUAUUUUUCAGACUGACUUGAUUGAUAUUUCCAUCACACUUCUCCAUCUUCCACCAGGGAACACAGUUAAGAGGCAGUGUUAAAACAGAUGGCAUCAGGUCUCCAGCAACACCGCAGAGCAAGCAGACCGUAAGUUUCGCUAUUAACUACUUUGUUAACAACUCAGACAUCACAGAUCCUUCUUUUAGAGACAGAGGAAAAAACACGUACAAAAUAGUUUUAAUAGUCAAGAAUGUCAACAAUCCAUAGCUGCUUUUGUGUUUGUGUGUGUAUGUCGGUGAACCAAUAAUAAUGCCUUGCUCAAUCAGUGCAUUCAGCCAUCUCAAGUGCAAUUUGUGAAGGAGACUGUGGUUUCCAAAAGAUACAUUUUUUAAACAUACUUAAACCUGUAAAAAAAAAAUUUUUUUUCCAGCUGUACAGCCGUUGCUAUUGAUUAUUUCUGCAGUUAAUAUGCUUUUUUUUUUUUUUUUUUUUUUUUUUUUUUUUUUGAGAUGAGGUCACUCUGUCUGCUAGGCUGGAGGGCCGUGGUGCAAUCAUGGCUCACUGCAGCCUCCAACUCCUGGGCUCAGGCGAUCUUCCUGCCUCAGCCUCCCAAAUAGCUGGUAGUACAGGUACGCACCAGAUGCCUGGCUUUGUUUUACUCAUUUGAAGCCAAAUUCUCAUACUGUUUCUCAUGAAAUAAUAGGGGUGAGAAUUUGGUCCACAGUUUGCUUUAAGUUCUCUUCCUUUCCUAUACAGUUAAGGGUUUGGGGGUUUGUUUUUUGGGUUUUUUUCUUUUCUUCUUUUUUGCCUCAAGUAGCUUAUAUUUUCUUUGCCUGCACUCAGUUGUUUGAGUGUUUUCACCUAUUUUGAUAUAUGAGUAAUAGAUGGUGUGUUGUGUCAUCAAAGUGUUCAACAUUGUGUUCAUUUAAACUAUGUAAGUGUAAUUCAUACAUAAUACAUGUAUAUCUUAAUUCAUUUCUUUUCACACAUAACUUUUAUAAGUAACUGGAAUUUUUCAUUAGAUCUUAUACAGAGCAGUAUUUUAUUAAAAAUUCAAAAGGGAAGACUUUCAUGUGCUCAUUUUGUAGUUUUUGUUCUUUAAAUAUCUUUACAUUGUCUGCCAAUUAAAGUGUCUUAAACUUGCACUGGAAUGGACUCCGAAUGUAUUUUUAUGUUAUUAAGUUGUACAUUUGUAGAUUUCUAGCAUGAAGUUAGCCUCACAAUGCUGUGCAAAAGGAUUUUAAAAUAUAAGAGUCACUGAAAGAGUUUAAACAUCUUUACAUGUUCAAUGCUCUAUGGAUUUUAAUUAAAUAGAAUGAUUUCAUAA